UCCGCCUAUGAUGCAGACAAUAAAUUACUCAAUACAGUUAAGAUUGACUGCUAUAAAUUAGUGACAGAAGCCACGUUUUGCUCUCUGCAAUAUAGGAAAGAUGUCAUGUAGAAAUAUAAGUAUGGUUUGUCCAAGGGAGAAGUCAAGGUCCCCGUUUUCUUUCAUCGCUAGAAAUAGGAAUAGCAAAAGUAACUCCACAAUAUGUUUUGAGCUGAAGUUUUCAUCGGCUGGAAUGGUGCCUGCAGCAGUAAUAACUGAUGUUACUAGUCCAUCAAGAACAACAUCAGAGGAGAAAGUGUAUGAUGUAGUUUUGAAGCAAGCAGCUCUUGUGAAACAAAAGAAGACAGAUAGAAGUAUACAUGAAAAGAAAUUACUGGAGCAAAGAACUGGUAAUAUAAGCUGGGAUUUGCUGAACAAGGCCUAUGAUCGAUGUGGUGAGAUCUGUGCUGAGUUUGCAAAAACAUUUUACUUAGGAACAUUAUUGAUGACACCAGAGAGAAAAAGAGCUAUAUGGGCUAUCUAUGCGUGGUGCCGAAGAACUGAUGAACUUGUAGACGGACCUAUUGCUUCUCAUCUUACACCAAGGGCUCUUGAUAGAUGGGAGGAAAGGCUAGCCGGCCUGUUUGAAGGCCAUCCAUAUGAUAUAUUUGAUGCUGCUUUAUCUGAUACUGUAUCCAAAUUUCCGGUUGAUAUACAGCCUUUCAAGCACAUGAUUCAAGGAAUGAGGAUGGACUUAAAAAAAACACGGUACAAGAAUUUUGAUGAGCUUUACCUCUAUUGCUAUUAUGUUGCUGGAACAGUAGGGUUAAUGACUGUUCCUGUGAUGGGGAUUGCGCCAGAAUCAAAGUCCUCAGCAGAAAGUGUCUACAAUGCUGCAUUAGCCCUUGGGAUCGCUAAUCAGCUUACCAACAUCCUAAGGGAUGUUGGUGAAGACGCGAGGAGAGGAAGAAUAUACCUUCCACAGGAUGAACUCGGGCAAGCUGGUCUAUCAGAUGAUGAUAUAUUUUGUGGCAAAGUAACAGAAAAGUGGAGAAACUUUAUAAGUGGACAGAUAAAAAGAGCAAGGAUGUUGUUUGAUGAGGCUGAGAGGGGCAUAGCAGAGCUGAAUUCAGCUAGCAGAUGGCCUGUCUGGGCAUCUUUACUAAUAUAUCGACAAAUCUUGGACGUCAUUGAAGCUAAUGAUUAUGACAACUUCAGAAAGCGUGCUUUUGUUGGAAGAGCAAAGAAACUAGUCUUCCUUUCAGUGGCUUAUGGCAAAGCUGUUGCCGCUAAAUGAUGUUGCUCCAAUUUUAGCAGAGUUCAUGCAAACAUGAAUUCAAAUAAUACUUAGAGCAGAUUUGUGAAUAUAUUGUAGUAAAAUUUUUGAAUGUAACAGGUACUUGUGUAUAUACACUUUUGGG